AGAGAAGAAAGUAAAUUGGAGAAGAUGCUCUAGUUCUGUCAUCGUCUGUGUUUUGGAGCAACAUUAAUCAAUGCACUUUUUCAAAAUAUCUUCUAGAUGUAUAUAUAUCAACGAAAAAAGGGUUCUGAAAACAUCGCGGUGCAAAGGAAUUAAUCAUUGAUUUAAAGGAAUUAUUCAAUUGACAACUGAUCCAAGUAAGCUGAGCAUUUAUAUCGGAAGAAAAUAUCACUCAUGGGUGACUUUGAAAGCAGCAUCGUUUGAAACGCAUCUUCCUUUUACCGUCAAGCUUGUUAUGUAGCAUCUCAAAUUCAAACGGACAACUCGCCUUAUUUACCAUGGGAGGUUGCUGCGGAGGCCACAAGAAAACUGCUGUAAACACAUUUUAUGAUGACGGCGACAACACAGAGCAAAAAUCCACUCCCAAACCCCAACGAGCCGUAUCUAGGGCCAGUGUAUUCUACAACGACGGCGAUGCUGUCGAAGAGAAGACGUCCUCGUGUUCAUGCUGGGGAACUUCAUCAAAAAGUAAAUCCAAGAAAUCUUCUAAAAGAGCCUCAAACAAGGGAGGGAAGAAGGGUAAAAGAAAGAGAAAGAAGCGGCGCCGGAAUAAAAACAGGAGACCAUCAUCGACCUUGUCAACCGCGUCAACUCUUUCAAGAGUGGGACACGUGGACACGAAUCAGAAUCAGCAUAUAAAUCAAGUUGUCCCCGAAGCCAUGUCAUUUUACCAGGGAGCAAGGCACCGAGACAACGAAAGGGUUAAGAAUGCCUUGGCUCGUAAAAAUACAAUGCAAAGAGCGAUGAAGGAGGCGUACGACACGAAAUCAGUGUCUUCAUCAGCAUCUUCGGAAGAGUCGGAAGAUGAGAGGGGAUCCACCAAAAAGAAGAGCACGUCUUGCUUCGCGGGUUUAUCAUGCAAAUCGAAUAAUACUGUUGCGAGUAACUUUCAUAAUCAGUGAUCAACGGCGGUAGGCUACCAUGUUGUGAAACUUCUAAACAGGGAAACGAUGUACCGCUCGCUGAAAGCUUCUAUUUUUGGCUUUCUAACAAAUUAAAGAUAGAAAAAACUUUCUGAUCUUCCGUUGGUAGAUUGCACAAUCACUCAAAAUCGGAACGGCGCCAGCAAAAAGCUUCGAUCAUCCCAGUAGGCCUACGCGUCCGCAGGAAGGACUCGUCUCGGAAGGCUUUUCAGUUGGCAGUUGGAGGGUCGUUUUGUCCAACACAUACUGCACUGUGCCUCGUGUUCAUCCUAGGGUGAUGACACUAUACAAAAUAUAUGGACAUGGACAUAACAUUAUUUUAUAUAAUAAGUUAUUAAUUACUUCUCGUAAAUUAUUUUCUGACUAAUUAUCAAUAAUUUCGGUGUAAGUUAUUUGUGUACUGAUCUUGUAAAAUUGAUAAUUGAGAAAUUCAAAGAUAGUGAUCACUGACUGCGAACAACUUAAUCUGAAUAUGUUCUUUUAAUUUAACUGUGCUUUAAAGGAGAAUGAAACUCUUGGAGCAAGUUAGCUUUUGUGAAAGCAGAAAAAUCAAAGAAUAAGAUCAACAAAAGUUUGAGUAAAAUAGGACUAGCAAUAGAAGAGUUAUGAGCAUUUGAAUGUCGAGAUCACUAAUGCUAUGGAGAUCUUCCUAUUGGAAAUGCGACCAAGAUCUAUGAUGUCACAGAUGAACAACUCUCCCCUUUUGGACACUGAAAAUAUACCCCAAAACAUCUCCUUUUGCUCAUUCUAAACAUAUGACAAACGAUUCAUCAAUGAUAUAAUGUUGUGAAACCUCUGUACUUGUCCUCUCAUAAAGAGAACACCUCACCUUGUGGUAGACUCUAUAAAAGUGAGAAUAUAAGUGAAAUAAGUACUAAAGUAAUGAGGGAGUUGUACGUGUGUGACAUCACAGAUCUUGGUCGCAUUGCCAAUGGGAGGAACUACAUGGCAUUAGUGAUCUCAAUAUUCAAAUGCUCAUAACUUUCUUAUUAUUCAUUCAAUCUUCCUCAAACUUUCAACAAUAUGUUUCUUUUAUUUUUCUCUUUGAUAUGGAUUCAGCUGGUUUCAAGGGUUUCAUUCUUCCUUAAUGUAUAUUUCGAAGUGCUCAUGGUGUAGGUAAGUAAUACAGGUGUACACUCGUGAGCGACAAAAGAAACACGAUAAAAAUCAUUAAGAUUGUCUUAGGCUUGUAUUCUGAGCUCUGGUUUAAUUCAGUAUUAAAUUGAUAAUGCAAUGUUAAGAACAUUUUCUGUUUAAGCAUAACGCCUUAACUUAUUCCACAAUUCUGAUGGACACUUCGUUGCUUUUGAUGCCAUGAUUGAUAGAUUAAAAUACAAUUCAUAAUAAUAAUAGUAGUAAUGUCUUAUUGAGCGCACGUACACACCGUCCAGAGACGCCCAUGGCGAAAGCGCAACAACAGCUCCUUUGGAUAUAAGUAUUUUAUACAUUUUAUACAUAUAAACAACUACAAGAAAUAGAUGUAAAUGAAGUUGACAAAGAUAUGUUAAGUCACUACAAGUACAGUCUUGCAUCACCACCCACUGGUAUUCCCAGCUACAUCCUGGUGGGGCCUGGUGCCCUCCUGCUUGCUGCUCCGUUCACCGACAAUUUAAGUGGAAAGCCCGGUCAACUCAGUACCAUAGGGUCAGAGUGUGCUUUACAUGUAUACAAAACAAAUAUCAUUUCUAAAAAAUCAUUUAUAUAUGGAUUUAGUUGUCGGAUGUAUUAAACGUUGAAAGAUGUAUUUUAAAAGUUUCAUGCAUUUUAAUGAAGCGGAGUGACUGGGGAAGUUGAUUCCACAACUUGGCCACAGCAUGUGAGAAGGACCUAUCCCCAAGAAUGUCGGGUACGAGGAAUCAGAAGCAAAUUGUCACUCACGAGUUGGAUUGUAGCUAAAAGUAGUACAUUAGGCUUCUUGAAAACGAAACAGAAAGUUAUGAAAAAGAUGAAGCGUCAGCUCAUAUUACGUGCUAAACUAAUUUUGCAUAUAUAGUUUAUGGAUUUGAGUAUCACUAUUGUUUUUACAAAGGAUGCAUUAGUCAUGUUAAUAGUUGAAAAUUCUAGAACAUGAUAAUUGUUUUAAAUCCUAUUUUGGUAAGAUAUUACUUUUUGGCGGUCCGUUGAAUUUGUGAAAAUGUGUCAAAACGAACACGAGAUACAGUACCAUGCAUUGACUUAAUCAUGUUCAAUAUGUUGAAUAAAAGCACAUAGCAACUUUGUUUUUAUAAGUGUAAUAAUAAGAACAACCAAAGACAUUUAACAACGCAAUCUUGUAAACCAUGUGAACGAUUUGAUUUUUUCCAGUUUUAAAACAAAAUUAAAGCUUAUAUACGUGAUGUGUUUCGAAUGGAUUAAUAUCAUUCACUUUGUUUGUUACUCAGAUGUCGUAUCAUAGAGUGUAAUGCCCUUUCUUUUGCCUUUCCUUGGACUGCCAAUAUUGAUUUGCCAACUGAUAUCCUAAUGUGACUUUCACGUAUUAACAAUUUUGGACUAGUAUGUGAAAGGAACAACGGAAUAUAACACAAUUCAGUAUACAGAUGCAUAUUAAUAAGUUAUUCAUCAAAUCAACUAGUAAGGAAUUUAAUAUAUAUAUUAUUUUUUCCUUUAAAAUAAGUUUUUAUCUUCCAUUCAAAAAACAUAAUCACAUAACAUAUGACAUGAUAUUUCUCAUAAUUGUAUCAUAUCUCAUUAUCUUAUUUCAAUAAUACAGAAAUUACAACGUAUACUAAAUCGGGUAAUACGAAUCAUAUUGUACAAAUUAAAUUGCAUACUAUAAAACCUGAAGAAAAGGAUAAGAAUUCAAUAAAUGGAGAAAAAGAUAUGUGUGUAUAUUUAAACAGCUAAACAUUGACAACACAAUAGAAUCACUCAUGCAAGCAAGUAUACCUAGAUUAUAGUUACAAACCCUCCAGUUAAAAGAAAAGCAUCAUAAAAGGGACUUAAUUUGACGUUUCUAAAAAUUCAGCUAUAUAUUAAGAAAAUUGAAAUAAAACAUUUUAAAGUAUACUAUAGCGACUACAUAACAUGGUAGAGAUGAUUUAUUUAAUAAUGAAUUAUUAAAACAAGAGUUUUACACAACUUGUAUAAUAUUGAAUUCUUUUUUUCUUCUGAACUUUAAUGACGACUCUUGUUUAUGCUUAGUUCCUACUAUUAAUGUAAAACUAAAUUCUGUCAAUUUCUUGAUGUUAUGCAUGGUGAAAAAUCAAACAAACAACAGAUAAACAUUUAUAGUAUACAUGUAUAUUUCUCAAAUGACAUUUAAAUUGUGUCAGCUACUAUCUAUGCAAUUCGUACUAUUUGAGGAUUUAUGUAAUUUUUCAAUAACGCCAUACCCUACUUAUUUCAUAUAUCAAACACAACAAUUGAACGUGAUUUGAAAAUAAUUCAUAAUUAAUUGUUUCAUAUUUCAUUAUCGUUGAUAAUCAUAAUUAUGAAUAUAUGAAUAUGUAUUAUGAAUACGAACUCCAGAUUAACUUCAGCCAUGGUCUAAGGUUGUGGUCUAACUAUGGGUAACAAACAAUCUCUUUAAUUUGAUGAACAAUUUCUCAUCACAUUUGGCAUUCAAGUCACUAUUUUUUAUUUGAAAUGUUAAAUAGCUUCACAAUCAAACGUGGGAAUUACAGGAUCCCAUUAACCACAAGAAGCAUUGCACUGUAAACAAAUUCUUGACAGUUUUAGCUUCCCGUCAUUUUGACCAGACUUUUACAGACCAUGGGUGGUGUUAAACCGGGAUUCAUGAUACAGGCCAUUACAUUCUAAGUUUAAUUUUUAAAUGAAAAAAGUAUAUGAUCUUAAAGUGAAUGAAAUCAACUUGUUAUUUAUAUACCCAAUUAUCACUUUGAGUUGUCAAACAGUGCAUGUAUGAGACAAUGAUAUAAUUCUGGUGCAUGCUUAUGCAGAUUAUCUGUGAAUGCUGUUAUCUAUAUGCAUAUUGUUAGUAUUGAUGUUAUCUUAGUGCAUGAUAGUCUGCGUUGCUUUGGAUAUUAACAUGAUUAAAGACAAACUAGAGUAGAAUUGCAACUCUUACAGUGAAAA